UCUAUACACAAAUAUGGAACACAUAAAAUGUUGGACAAAAGUGGUGGUAAUUAUGUUGGUUCUGCUAAAUGGGUUGGGAUGGAGUCAUGGGUGUGUGGACCAAGACAGGGAGAGUCUCUUACAACUCAAACCAUUCUUCAAGUAUCUUGACUGGCCCAUGAAGGUUGAGGAGACUAGUUCAAACUGUUGUGAGUGGAAAAUGGUGGAGUGUAGUGCUACUACUGGUAGAAUAACCAAGCUCCAUCUUUAUGCUGGAGCAACAGAGACGAAUUUGUGGUAUCUCAACGCCUCUUAUCUUUCUCCUUUUGAGCAACUCACAAGUCUCGACUUGACAAGGAAUCAGUUAGUUGGUUGUGCAGAGAACCAAGGUGUAUGUAUGGGUUCCAAAUAAAGUUAUCUAGACCACUAUUGGACUUAUUUGCAGGGUUUGAAAUAUUGUGGUCGAGGUUGAGGAAAUUGGAGGUCCUUCACUUAGGUGGGAAUAAAUUCUCUGACAACAUUAUACCAUCUCUAAGUGGUUUUUCUUCUCUUAAGACUCUUUAUCUAUAUGAAAAUGAAAUGGGAACAACCUUAGAUACCAGAGGUUUUGAAAGUCUAUGGCGGUUGAGCAAUUUAGAACAUCUUGAUUUGAGCUGGAACAAAUUCAACAACAGCAUCUUGUCAUCCUUACAUGGUCUUUCUUCUUUAAAAGAUUUAUAUCUUUGGGGAAACCAACUAAGUGGAACAAUUAAUAUGCAAGGUAUGAAUGUAUGUAUUCAUUUGUGAAUAAGCAAUUAAUUAGUUGAGGCUUUUUGACUUAUUAUCUCCGAAUGUAGUACUUGAAUCAAUUACUUUUUUUGAGCAGAUUUUAAAAAUCUGGUCAACUUGGAGAACUUGGACAUGUCUUACAAUGAGAUUACAGGCUUCAGAUCCUUCAAAGGUGAUCUGGAGGUUUUUGAUUGGGAGUUCCUUGAUUUGAGGGGUAACAAUUUAAGUGCACAUGUUUUUGCUUCUCUUAAUGGACUUCCACAUCUGAAGUCUCUAAAUUUAUCUUACAAUCAACUGAGAGGAUCAAUACACCUUAAAGAGUUGUCUGGUUUGAGAAACUUGGAGGAACUACAACUAAGCGGCAACAACAUUGAAGAGAUUGUGGGGCCUGAAGGUGAUUUAUAUGGAUGUGAUCUUGAAUUCGAUUAUAUCUUCUAUUCAUUUUAUAUUUGUGGAAAUUUCAUUUUUGAAUUGCAGACAAAAUAACCUUGAACAAAUUAAAGGUGCUUGGUCUUGCAUAUCUCCAAACCAAUGGUAAAGGCCUUGUGCUAAAAUCAUUAGGGGCACUAUCAACUCUCAAGACGAUUUAUCUCGAAGGAAAUAUUUUGAAUGAAACAAAUCCAUUUCAAGGUAUGAAAAUGUAAAUAAUAUAGAUAGGAUUUCUGAUGUAGCCUUUUCUAUGAAAUGCUUGUGGAUGUCUAGUAAUUGAAUUAACAUGCCUAUUGCAGAGUUGUUUAAUUUGAGUUCUCUGAAAGAAUUGUUUCUAGACUCUUCUAGCCUCCACAAUGAUUUUCUACAAAAUCAUGUUGCAUCUUUCACUUCUCUCAAAGUUCUCCGUGUGAGUAGUUGUGGCCUCACAGGCACCUUACCCGAUCGAGGCUGGUGUGACUUAAAAAACUUGGAGGAGCUUGAUCUUAGUGACAAUGAACUUGAAGGGACACUACCGCUUUGUUUGGGAAACCUGUCAUCUAUUCGUAUUUUGGAUAUCUCUCACAACCAAUUCACAGGAAAUAUUGGUUCCACUCCCAUACCCAACCUCAAGUCUAUUGAAUUUCUCUGCCUUAAAUAUAAUCACUUUCAAGUAUCCCUCAAGUUAUUUGCAAACCACUCAAGUCUAAAAGCUUUCCUGGUUGAUAAUGGCAACAAGUUUAUUGAUGAAGCUGCUUUUCAAUCUUGGACACCUAAAUUCCAGCUAGAAGCAUUGAGUGUGUCAAAUUUUAUAAUGAAAAAUUCUAACUCAAAUUUUCUCAACUUCCUAUACCACCAAUUCGAGUUGAGAUAUCUUCACCUAUCUAGAGGAACGUUUGGUGGAGCAUUCCCCAAUUGGUUGUUUGAGAACAACACAAGAUUAGAAAUUAUUUACUUGGUGGAUAACUCAUUUGUGGGCCCUUUUCAAUUACCAUCACAUCCCAAUCCAAACAUGUCUGUGAUUGAUUUAUCCCACAACAAGUUAAGAGGUCACAUUCCGUCAAAUAUAUCUCUUAUUUUUCCAAAUCUACGGAGCUUAAAUCUAUCGAAAAAUUAUUUUCAAGGUACCCUCCCUGCAAGUUUGGGUGAGCUAAAGUUUUUAGCAUUUUUGGACCUCUCAAACAAUCAAUUUUCUGGUGAAUUAGAAGAGCAUCAAUUUGCCAAGGCUUGGAUGAGGCUCUUGAAGCUUUCAAACAACAACUUGACUGGGCGCAUUCCUACCAUUUUUCACCUGUCUAUGCUUUCAUUUUUACAAUUGGAUGGCAACAACUUUGUUGGAGAGAUACCUGAUCUCUCAACAUUAAAUGGUUUGGAAGUAUUGGAUAUGAGUCAUAAUUCUCUAUCAGGCAAUCUUCCAAGAUGGAUGGGGAAUAUGUCAAAUUUGGUGGCAGUUUUGCUGUCCGAUAAUCAAUUCAAGGGUCCUAUUCCAUCAGAAUUCUGCAAGCCCUAUUACCUUCAAUUCUUGGAUCUUUCUGAAAAUAAUUUAUCUGGGUCUAUACCAUCUUGUUUCAGUGAAUUGAGAAAUCUACAGCAUUUCUUUUUGAGAAGAAAUAAAUUGAGAGGGCCAAUGACAGAGUCGUUUGUUAAUAUGACCUAUUUGGUUACUUUGGAUCUUGGAGAAAACAAUUUCAGUGGCACAAUACCAAACUGGAUCGGAAACCUCUCAAACUUGGGGAUUCUUAUUUUGCGAGGAAAUCAAUUCCAAGGUGAUAUUCCUAUUCAUUUAUGCAACUUGAGUCAAUUGCACAUAUUCGAUCUCUCUUCAAAUAGCCUUUCUGGAAGCUUGCCUCCCUGCCUAAGUCAUUUCCCCUUUACCAUGGGAUUCCAUCUGUUACAACCUCCAUGGGGAGCUACGGCCAGCAACUAUUUGGAAAAGUGGGGCCACGCCGACCUUUUCUUGACGUCCAUAUAUAAAGGAGUGGUCAAGUUUACAUCAAAGUGGAACUCCCUUAAUUACACAGGAUAUAUUCUUGAUCACAUAUAUGCAAUCGAUCUCUCUUGCAACCGAUUCUCUGGAGAAAUUCCCUCUCAAUUUGGAGAUUUGAGUAAUCUCAGAGCCUUAAAUUUAUCUAAUAACAGUUUGAGUGGUUUAAUCCCUUCAUCAUUUUCAAAGCUAAAGCAAUUAGAAAGUUUGGAUCUUUCCUAUAACAACUUGAAUGGUCAAAUUCCCUCUCAAUUGAUCGAGGUAAACACUUUGGCAGUGUUUAGUGUAGCACAUAAUAAUUUAUCAGGCCCGCUUCCGGAUUUCAAAGCUCAAUUUGGGACAUUCAAUGAUAGUUGUUAUGAAGGAAAUCCUCUUCUCUGUGGAUCUCCAUUGAACAACAGUUGCGAGGAGACUCAUUUUGCAUCACUACCUACACAUCCCUUCAAAGAAGAAAGCGAGGAUGACGGUUUCAUGAACAUGACGUUUUUCUGGGUGACUUUUUUGGUGACUUACAUUGUGGUACUGUUUAGUUUAGCAUUAGUGUUGUACAUAAACUCAUAUUGGCGACAUGCAUGGUUUUACAACAUUGAAGUAUGUUUCAACACUUGUUACUAUUUUGUGGUGGAUAAGUUCCAAUAAGUGGUACAAGUUCUGAAUAUGGUCUUAUACCUUAGAUUGGUGGUUUUUUGUAUGUAACUUUGUCAUAUUUGAGUUUGUAAUGGAUGUUAUCUCAGUACUCAGUUUGGUCAUAUUAUGCAAAUAAUGAA